UGUCGAUAUUUACAAGAGCUGGGUGAACCAGAUGGAGACUGAAACUGGGCAGAGAAGCAAAUUGCCAUAUGAGGUGACUCCAGAGCAAGCCCUGACCCACCAUGAGGUCCAGCGAAGGUUGGACAUAUCCAUUCGCAAUCUCCGGGCUGCUACUGACAAAUUCCUCUCUGCCAUUAUCUCCGGCGUGGACAAAAUACCGUACGGAAUGCGGUACACUGCCAAAGUGUUGAAAAGCUCGCUGCAUGAGAAGUUCCCGGGUGCCACUGAAGCUGAAUUGUUAAAGAUCGUCGGGAACCUGUUAUAUUAUCGCUACAUGAAUCCUGCGAUUGUGGCCCCGGAUGGCUUCAAUAUCAUCGAUGUCAGUGCAGGAGGUGGGCUGCACAUGGACCACCGCCGCAACCUGGGCUCCAUCGCAAAGUUGCUGCAGCACGCUGCCUCCAGCAAAACCUUCGAAGGACAGACCGGCCAGCUCUGCACCAUGAACGAUUACUUGUAUCACUCUGAGCAGAGAUUCAGGGAGUUUUUCCGCGCAGCCUGCGACGUUCCUGAACCCGAGGAAUGGUUUGACGUGGACGAGUAUACCGAAAUGGCCAGCCUCAACAAGCCAGUCAUCUACAUAACUGUCGGCGAGCUGAUUAACACUCACAAGUUGCUGCUCCAGCAUCAGGAUUCCCUCUUGGCCGAACACAGUGACCCUCUUCAUGAGCUGCUAAGGGAUCUCGGUGAGGUUCCCACAGUCGAAUCACUUUUAGGCGAAGGUUCUGUUGAUGCAAACGACCCCCGUGGCGACCAAACCAUGGUCAACAAGAUGGAGGUCUCACUAACACUCACCAACAAAUUUGACAUCUACAAGAGCAGUGGCGAUGGGACAGACAAUACCAGAGGUUUGCUGCUUAGCACCAAGCAGCUAAUUGUGGACAUAAUCAGAUCGCAAGCUGGAGACACGUUGGUUGAAAUAUUACAGACGUCUGCCUCGACAGAUCAGGUGGCAGACCACCGCCGCCUUGUUCAGAGGCGAGCACUGCGGGACGCGCGCACUCCCGAGAAACUGAAGCGGAACCAUUCCCUGGUCCACGAUGGCAAGCUGUCGAUCGAGGAGAAGAAGAGGAAAAUCAUCCGCAGCCUGAGGAAGCUGGAAGCUGCCGGAGUAAUUUCUGCAGCUAAUGGCUACCAGCAGCUUGUAAAUGAGAUCGCCCGGGACAUUCAGAAUCAGCGGCGCUACAGGCAGCAGCGCAAGGCUGAACUGGCCAAGCUGAGAGAGACACUGCACAGGAUGAAUUCCAAGACAGCCUUUUACGAGGAGCAGAUCGACUACUACAACCAGUACAUCAGGACUUGCCUGGAUAAUCUGGCCACCAACGGGCAGGGCCCAGGGAAGAAAGCAGCAGCAGGCAAAGGGAAGAAGGGUAAAGCAGCAUCUCUGAACUACACUGCGGCACACCUGCGAGAGAAGGGUGUGCUGUUGGAGAUUGAAGACCUGCCCAUCAGCCAAUUCAGGAAUGUGAUUUUUGACAUUGUGCAGAGUGAGGAGGUGGGAGCUUUUGACGUGAAGGCUCGGUUCAUGGGUGUGGACAUGGAGAAGUUCCAGCUCAAAUACCAGGACCUCCUCCAGUUGCAAUAUGAAGGAGUGGCGGUGAUGAAGAUGUUUGACAAAGCCAAGGUCAACGUCAAUCUUCUGAUCUUCCUGCUCAACAAGAAGUUCUUCAAGAAGUGACGGAGGAUGGGCCCCUCCCCUCGAAUGUGGUAGCACUCCUGCGUCGUAAGAUUUAAAUUUUGCGUUUCUGCUGUGCAGACGCAAUCAGCCACCAACACUAAGGAGGAGCGCAGUGUAGCACCUGCAAAAAGCAUUUAUUUAUAGAUAUAUAUAUAUAUCAUUCUUCAAAUCAAACUGGACUCGAUUACUGAUGGGAACUUAGCUUCUGAUUGGCACAACUCCUCCCACAAUUGGGUGCUCUCGCUCUCGCUCUCUCUCUCUUUCCAGCUUCUCCUGAGCUCUUGGAGUCUGGGGUUGGAUCUAAAACAUGGCAUGAGGCACACAUGCAGUCCCACAAACUGGUAGGUCCUGCCUAAGCAGCUCUGUUCCAUUUGUGCCUCUCUCUCCCACAUUUCCUUCAAAAUGAAAGGUCUUUCCUUGCGGGUAAAUCUUAGUCAGAACCUCUGACUAGAGCUGUUAGCAGUACCAGCCUCUGGUUUGGAGCAAGGGAUGGGACUUUAGCUAUCAGCUCAAGUCUCUGCAGUGCUAACUCUGUGACUGGACCGUGGGAACCCCAACUGAAAAACUUUAACUUCCUUUUUCUGCAGCAGAUAACCAAAUCUGUGCCUCGAGCGUGACUCCCCAGGGAAGCCGUCUCAGUCACAUCAGCAGUUCCACUUUCUCAGUGAGGAUUGUACUUUGAAAAUGCACAUCACUACAUUUUCUUUGCUCUUUCUUCAUUCUCAUUCUUAAUCUCUCUCACUCUUCUCUCUCUUGCUUCCUGCCUCUCCAUUCCCUCUAUCUUCCCCUCUCCAACUCACUCCUAACCCUUCUUUCUCUCAUUCCUUUUUCGUUAUCCUUCUUUCUUGCUCUCUUCCCUU